ACCCAGAGUCCAAACGAGCCGUGCGUAAUGCCAUAUCAGGGAACGGGAUGGAGAGGAGAGCAGCAGAUUGAACCAGCAUUCCUCCACAUGCACUGAUGGUGUAGGUUAAAAAAGUUACACUGCGGCAUCUUUGUUGCAAUAACUUUCUUCAUCCACAAAGCGUUUCCAUGCACACGGAUGCUGCGAGUUGUGAUUAGACAACUUGGUGGUUGUGAGUAUUAGGGCUGUUUUUGGAGGCUCGUGCGCCCUGGAGACGGUUCCUCGCGAUGCGUGCUCUUGCGGUGUUCGUGUCUUUGCUCGGGCUGUGCGUGAUCGCGGCGCGCGCGUGCCAGCUUCCUCACGACUGGAGACCGCAAACUGAAGCGUGCCGCGCGGAGCUGGCGGAGAUCAUCGUGUUCGCCAGAGUGCUCGCUGUUCACGAGGACGCGCAUGGAGGCGCGUAUAACUACCUGCCGUGGCAGCAUGAAGCCGGACUGUUCUUCUCGGCUGAGAUCGAACUGCUGUGCGACCAGGCGUGGGGCAGCAUGCUGGAGGUGCCCGCCGGCUCGCGCUUCAACGUCACCGGACUCGGAUACUUCCCAUGCUACUCAUACAGCGUGGUGGAGAAUAACAACUACUACUUCUUCUUGAGGAUGGAUGAAAACUACAACAUCAUCCCUCAUGGAGUGAAUUUCCAGGACCCCAUCUUCCUUGACACGCCGGAAAACCAUCGCAUGUUCGCCAGCCUCUUCCAGUUCUCCAACUGCACAGCCGGGACGCAAGUCCACACAUACACCCCUGAGUGGGAGGCACAGGAGGACAGCCGGCUCCUGUGCUCCACAGUGCAGAAAGCUCUCUUUGAGGAAGAGGAGAAGGUUAAAACACUUUCUCAGAAGGUGAAGGUCCUUGAGAAAGCCAACAACCACCUAAGAGACAAAGUGAAGAACCUGAAGCGUUUGCUGAGGCUGGCCAAACGCGAGACCAAGGAUCAGACGGUGCUUCUCAAGCAGCUUCAUGAGUCUGAACCAGAGCUCCGACAUCCACAGCAAGAUACCACCCAGGUCCAAAAACCUGUUAAUGGAAAGAUCCUGCCUCGGAAGCUGAAAAACUAGGGAAUUUAGCCUAAUUGCUUCCAAACUGGGGAAUUUUGCCUAAGUACUGCCAGGGAGUUGAACCAGCUACACAGCUGUAGGUCUGUGUAUCCAUAAAAUUACCAUAGACUAAAAUGAAAAUGGUUGUAAUAUGGAAGGUAUAUCAAGGUCUUUGUAUGUAGGCUUUCAGCUCAGGAUUAACAGAGAAAGGAAAUGAUCCAGAGAAUAUGCAUAUGCAACGAGCAAGUACGUCAUGAGAAGUAAUAUUAAGUCUCAACGAAUGAAUAUUUACUCUCCCUUAACCAUUUUUUUCCAAGUUCACAUAGCAGACCAUUUACCAGGAAACUACCAUAAUACAAUCACAGUGUCAGAAAUAUACAGAUUAGAUCAUGGUCAGAGGUCAGCACCUUGUCAUGCAGUAUCAGGAAAUCAGUUAUAAUGUUAACCAGUUGAUUACGGAGUCACCAUUAAUUGGUUUCAAUUCAGUGAGCAUCCACUCCUGUUCGAAUGUAGGACAUGUAUAACAUUUGGAAAGUUGUGAAAGCCUUUCUCUUUCCUUUGAAGCUGUGAAGCUUCCCUUACAUACCUGUAUUUCAAAUUUGGAAGCACUUACAGCCAUUUGCCAGUAGGCUGUCAUCAGACUGAUAUUAUACCUUCUAGUCCUGCAUAAAAGAAUGUCAAAUUUCCGAUAUUUGACCAUUUAAGGUUAAACCUAUUUUUGUAUUUUCUCGAAACACGGUGCACUUGACAUCUCUGGAAUGUUGCACUAAACUCUUUCCAAAAGUCUCUCAGCAUUUCUUUCAGUCUGUAUAGUGUUUCGCUUUUCGUUUUCUUUUCUUUUUUUUUGUUUAAUAUACAAUCAGGGUGCUGAGCACUCCAUCAAUAGAACCACUACUCAGUAUGGCUUACUUUAUGGCCACGUUUCAGUAUUUAGUGAACCGAUAAGAAUUUGCUAUAUUAAGGUCAGCGAUUUUAUUACGAAAAAAUAAUGAAAACAAUGUUUACAUUGUUUUUUCAUGUAUUUUUAACAUAUAAGCUUUCAUGUAUGCCAUUAAAAUGAAAUAAACUUUCAGUUUUACUUCA